AUGAGAAACAUAGCAACUUGUUACAGUGAACAUGCCAUUAAGGUAUCGGAUUCCUACUGUUCAGGGCCUUCAAAAGAGUCCUUUCUUUCUCCAAACUUGAUCCCUUCGACCCAAGACGCAGUUACAUGUACCUACAGGGCAAAACUAUCCACCAGAAGGAACCUCCUGAUCAAGCUCACUUGGUGCAAUUUCACAGGCAAAGGCUUCGCCAUUAGUGUUUCUGAUGAUCCGUCUUCACCCUUCAAAUUCUAUUCGGGUUCUCGCCAGUUCCGAAAGCCUAAAGGCACGAAAAAUUUGGAAUCUUGCGGCUCAAAGAUUGAAGUACACUGGGAUCUCUCCAAUGCAAAAUACGAAUCCGGUCCCGAGCCCAUCGAUGGGUUCUAUCUCAUCGUUUUAAUUGACUCGGAGCUCAGCCUGCAACUCGGGGAAAUCGAUGAAGAAGAAUUAAAAGUCAAGAAUCUUGUUUCCGCCUUGCCAGUUGCAAAAUUUUCUUUACUUUCCCGGACGGAGCAUUUCUCGGGAACCAAUCAGUAUUCCACCAAGGCCCAAUUCUGCGACACGGGAAUGAAUCACGAAAUUGUGAUCAAGUGCGUUGGAGAAGAGAAGGGGCUAAACAACUCACUGUUGUCGGUUUUUAUUGACAGGAAGAAUGUGAUUCAAGUGAAGAGAUUGCAGUGGAAUUUUCGCGGAAACCAGACGAUUUUCGUGGACGGAUUGCCGGUGGAUUUGAUGUGGGAUCUUCACGAUUGGUUCUUCAAUCCAGCAUCUGGGUAUGGAGUGUUCAUGUUCAGGGCCAGAAGCGGAUUGGAUAGCAGGCUGUGGUUGGAGGAGAAGAUCAAUUUGGAGCAGAAGGAGCAAGAAAGAGUUGGGUUCUCUCUUUUGGUCUGUGCCUGUAAGAGUCCUGAUUGA